UCUCUCCCCCUUAACAAGGGCCAUUCACAUUGACACCCUAAAAGGUUUAAUAAAUUUACCCAGCUGUGUACAGGUACACAUAAAAGUCACCCCACCCCUACUACUUCACUCACUAUAGUGUCAUAUGCACCUUUUGUUUUUCUUAAACAAAACACAAAACCCUCUCUUUUAUUUCCUUUCCUUAUUACCAACAAGCACACACUGUCCUCUCACCAUUUACUCAUUCUGACACCCCCUCCCCCUUUUCUUACCCUCUCUCUCUCUUCUUCAUCCCAAUGAAAGAGGUUACCGUUGAAGCAUCUGAAGGUGGUGGUGUCCAUGGCCAUAGUCAUGGUCAUGGUCAUGGUGUUGCAGCUUCAGAGAUUGGUAAAGGAAACCUUAACAAUAACAACAAUACUACUAGACCUGACUUACAUAACAGAGCUGUCAAAAUUUUAAGAGCUAGAGAAGCUUAUAAUGGUUAUGAAGAAGUUGGUGAAAAACCUUCUAGAUUUGAAGUUUUUGGUUGGUAUCUUUAUGAGUUUUGCUUCUACUUUGUUCAAACUGUUCUUGUUCCUGUUGUUUUCCCUCUCAUUAUCAGUCAGCUACAAAGUAAUCCUACUGUUUCACUUCAAGAAUGGAACAAAAAUCAUCCUGGAACUCACUGCUCUCAAAAGGAAUUCCAUUUGUAUAACAAACUCACUGGACACACCAUUAAUUCGAAUUUUUCACCAUUGGAAUGGACAUCAAUUGCUUGGGCUACAGGUCUAGCCAUAGCUGCGCCAAUCCUUGGCUUCCUUUCCUUCCACCUCGAUGGCAAUUUCCCGAAACUCAUCACCGUUGCAGCAACCGGUGUUGGAGUUUUCUUUUGUCUCCCAGCUGGAUUCUUCAAAGUUACAGCCAUCUUCAUUCCCUACAUUGCUGGCAUCAUUGCAGCCAGCACAGUCGCCAAUGCUGCUCACACACAACAUUUCGGCCUCAUGAUUCGUGCCUUCACUGGAGCAUCGCUUAAGAGAACACAGUUUUACAUUAGACAAGGUGUUUCUACACGCCUCUCGCUUCAUGCUACCUCUGCUGGCUUUUUCGGUGGAGCCUUGAUUUCGGCUUUUACUUACCAUAUGGUACAUGAACUCAACGACAAUGAGCACGAUAUUAUGAGUCUUUGGGUUGUUUCGAUUUUCAGUGGAUUAAUUUGGCUCGUUGGGAUCUUGCAUUUAGCUACAGCUACUAGUAGAACCACUGAUUCGAUCUCAUUUUCUUCGAGGCUGCACCCUUUUUCUAUCUUCAAAUAUCCUCAUGCCAUUGGAGGUCUUGCUAGUGUUUUCCUAGCUUCGUUCACUACCAUGGCGAUUUUCAUGGGCGGUGUUAUUUUCAUCGUUGGACAGCUUUGCAUUAGGCCAGUGCAUUUGCUUUUGUUCUGGUUAACCUAUUUCCUAUUUCCACUUGUUUCGUUGUCGCUGCUUCAACCUCUGCUGCACGUGGUCAAGAUGAGCUCAGUAAAAAUGCAGAUUGUCGGGUUCUUUUUCUCGCUUCUGUCAUCUGGGUUUGGCUUCUAUUAUGGACAUAGUCACUGGAAAUGGGGACACUUGGUUCUUUUCGGCGCAAUUCAGAGCACUGCAACCGGGAUUUUGCAUGCUUUUGGAAGGGUUCUGUUGUUGGAUUGUGCUCCAUCAGGGAAAGAAGGUGCUUUCUCGAUAUGGUAUGCAUGGAUGAGAGCUGCAGGGUUGUUAGUCGGGUUCACGGUUGGUUCAGUCGGGCCAGGACACAUUAGAACGUCGUUCGGAGUUGCAUUUUGUACUGCUAUUGCUGGAAUCGUUGUGUUGCUUUUCGGAAAUAUCAGUGAUGCUGGUGGUGCUGUUGCUGCAGGGAAUGUAAGUGAUGAUAGCGAAAGAAGUUCUCCCGUGGUUUCUGGUUUAGAUUCGAAAGAAGCUGCUCGAGUUUGAUUAAUAACUGCAUUAAUAAAAAAAAACAACUAAUGAAUGAAUUGAUGAAUGAAUGGAUGGAUGAAUGGUGGUGCAUGGUACAUUGUCUAUGCGUUAUAUGAUUCUUUGCAAAUGAAAUGUUAAUGCAUGCAACAGUAGGAAAAAAAAGGGGGUUUAUUUUGUAUGAUUGAUUUUAGUUAGGUUUAUUAAUUUUUGUGGUUAAUUACUGUUGUUUGCAGCGUGCUUAUGUUUUUAUUUUUUUAAUUUAAUCUCUGUUGAGGAUUUGGAUUCUGACAUGUGUAACUGUGUUAUAGUAUUUUGUUAUAUUUGUUUCUCAUAAA